CGCACAUGCGCGAAAAGAUAUUCUGGCGGAUUCCGGCAAGGGAUUGCGGCAGAAGAGGCAGCGUGUAGCACAGGGCCAGGAUAGCCGUAGCAUUAGGCCUGCUAAGGAAUUCAGACGCUGUCAUGGAUGCAGUUGCAGAUCCGAACAUUGCGGCACCCGCACUCCAUGUGCCUCCGUUCCAAUUCGUUGCGCGGCUCAUCGCUGUUCCCUUGGUGGCUGGACUUCUCGACCGAGUGUUUCAAGUUUACAAUGAAGCCAAGACUCGUUUAUCGUGGAUGGCCGCCCUUGUGGAAGCAGCCGAAAGCACCAGUGCGAUCAUCGUGCUAGUGUGCGCGCCUGUUCUUAGGGCAGCACUGUCGCGGCAACUUCAGCACGCGGACGCACUUGCAUGUCGUGCCCUGGAGGAACUGGAGCAACGUUGCCCGAUAGCCUUCCGCCAACCCGACGAGAUCAUCGGCCAUGUGGUCGCCUUGGCCACGCAACUGAGGCGUUUCGUCAGUUCAAAGGUGGAUGCAAUACGGACAUUGGCCGCGGCUGCUUGGAAUGUGAUCGCCCAUCCGGUAGCAGCCUUGAAAACAGUUCUUCGUAUGCUUUGGAUCGACGCUCACCUGGUCGUUCUCAUGGCAGAUCAACGUAUGGACGCGCUCCUCUACCCUUACUAUCGACGCUACAACCCCUUUCUCAACAACGUCUUCACCGAAGUCUCAGUCUUCAGCCGUUUUCGUACUGUCCUGCACAAACUGUGGAGUCUCGCCAAGUUCGUGUUUUGGGACAACGCGCGACGCCUGCUGGACAGACGCCUUUCCACGUGGGGUCUCGCACUGAACGAUCUGCACUAUGAGCUUUCGCACGAGGCACUUGAUGAGGCCCUCGAUGACCCAGAUCUGGCCACAGUGCAGCACGCAUUCCUUCUCUUGGUGACCCUGGCCGAUCGACUUGAUCUCGCCUUCUUUUGCUUUUACGCCAACGUUUUCGGGUACUAUCACCUCUGGGUUACGCUUCCUGAACCUCCCAACGAAAUGUUCCCCGCUGCCAUAUUGCCGGGCGGGAAUCCUGAGGAAGACAUCGACGGAGACGGUCUCGCCGAAGACGUCGACGGAGACGGUCUCGCCGAAGACGUCGACGGAGACGGUCUCGCCGAAGACAUCGACUAAGAAGGUCUUGUCGAGCACAUCGACGAAGAAGGUGUUGUCGAACGCAUGGACGACGAAGGGCUCGUCGAAGAGAUUGACGAAGGCCUCGUCGAAGAAGAAUAGCGCCUCCUUGCGUGCCUUUGCGUUUGUUAAUGGCUUUGGGCAAUAGGUUACGAAAUACGAUGUUACAAUUUAUGGGCCCCACAAAGCCCGAACACUCACUCACAGGUCGUAGGUUAAUCUACCUAAAAAGCAACCAAUUACUAGAUGAACCAGUGAGGUUUGCUGCGACCAGACAACCUGUCUAGUUUGUAUAUCUGUACUAUAAACAAUUUUAAUGUGCUAUUUAGCACCCGCACAUGAAGUUUGUUUCAGUGCUCGUUUUCCCAUUUAAGGGAAUAGCAAUGGUUUUGUGCAGGCCUGCACAAACAGCUGCAAGUAUUCGCUCAAGCUUGUAUGAGCUUUUAGCGCUUUGCCUUCGGCAGAAAAUGUAAGGCUAGGUUACAGAUUUUUUACACAGAUAUAGUAUAAAGCAUAUAGUUUGGCAUAGGUACAUGUGUUUUAACCUUUAAUGCCAGAUCAACGAAAAAUAGAAAAGUUCGCGUUCACUUCUCACCAUGGAGAAUGCAGGUACAAAAAAGUGUUGAGUUAAAAUUUGCUUAGUAUAGCGAUAAUUAUAGCUUCGUUCGUUGAAUUUAUCACACCUAAAGGUUCAAACCACCUCAUAAAAAGCAAAACUGCGGGCUUUGCAUUACACAUCCUGUACUUCUAUAAGCAUUUUGAAGCAUCAAACUCAACGUAGCCUAUGGGAUACGUUCGGCAUUACAUGCUUAAACACUGCUGUAAAAGCGUGCCAAUGGAGCGGGACGGAACAAAGAAGGGAAUCAAACUGAGAUUCUUAAUCUGAAAUCUUUUCCUUUGUCCUCUUAAUGUGUGCCUUUAGAGCACCGCUUAGACGCAUCGUCACCAAUAUUGUACACAAGGAAAGAGACGUCAUUUAUUCACCAGAAACGACUUUCCUUCUUAACGCUGAAACCGGCUAGCAGAGGAAGCUACAGACCUCUAAGAGCCUCUUAGAAGUUUUACAGACCUCUAGGCUUAAGUGGAGCCCCCAAAAGACUUCGAACAUAGCAAAAAAAGCAGUCAGGCUGCCCGUGGAUACACCUUGCGUGUUAUAAUCUCAAUGCAAUUAUGAAUGUAUGAUUCUUUCCAGGCACAUCUCAAGCAGUCGGAUUAUUUGUACAGAGGCUUUACCUGGGUCCAAACUUUUUUUAACUCUAGCAUUUAUUAGCUAGUCAGUAUAGGCUUUAUCGUCGGCCAUGUAAGCUUUACUUUUUAACGUGUGUGUUGUCCUGAAGGUAUAAUCACUACUCCACGUAUAGAAAAGACCGAAAAUGUUCGGCUAUUUUUUACCUUAUACUCCUGGGAUAUAUAGACUGUUGUAGAUACGAUUGUGUAUCGGUCGCUGAUAUAAUCUCGGGCUUCAGAAUAAAGGUAGUGUGUAUUUUUUC